AAAGACUUAGUUUCAGCACCAGCCUUCUGCACGAAUGAAUCCCCUAUUCACUUCUGCUUUAGUUGUUUUAGUUUUAUUCACAAAAAGAACACAUGCAUGUGUUGCCACGUCACCAGGAACAGCUCCGACUACAGCAGCGCCAACCGGCUGCCAAGCAUGUACAUUGGAUUCUGUGCAGCAAAUCAUGAUUAGUUUGGGAACGAAAGCUUUCACUAGUGACACUAUCGAUAACAGCGGAACAUGUGCUAUCAGAACAUCGGUGUGUAACGGAUUUUCUGCAGGCUCAGGUGUUUUGAUUUCGUAUAAUCGAGAUGCAGCUGGUGUUGAUGAUGGUACCGAUACAGUCACUUCAACUCUUGUUUGCAAUGAUGCCGGCCAAUGGACAAAAACACAAAAUGGGGUAACAGCGGUGAUCACUGCAUUUGAAUGCCAAUCAACGCCUUAAUUUAUUCAUCAAAAUAAUAAUCAUAAACUGAGUCUGCCAAUAAUUUGAAAAUUUACAAUUAAUUAUUAUAUAGUCAAAUAUCAGUUAAAAACUCCUUUUAUAAGCUCAUAACUCUGAUGAUUGGGUAAUAAAUACCCUGACGUAGUUGUUUCGUAGUUUUUUACCUGUUUUCAAUUAUUAAAACUAAGACAUAUAAUCCUGAUUUCAUUCAAAUUUGUUUUUGAAGUAGAAAUCAAUUAGCCAAAAUUGUUGUGUAAAACACUCCAAACUGCAAACAUACUUUAUUACUUGUUUUCUGUAUAUCUUUCAAAAUACUUUUUUAUCUCAUAAUUAUUUUGCUUAACUUUCGGUUGAAUGAGGUUUCUUUUAUUCGUUGAUUUUUUCUACAUGAAGUUAUGUAAUUCAUUUUUAUCUUACAAUCUUAAUAAAAAGCAACAUUU